UUCCAAGAUGAACGACAAAGAACAGUUGUCUUUCGGUUUGCGAGGGAUUCUCGAAGAAUUUUCAAGAAUCAGAGAUACGUACGUCGCUUUGAAAGCUUACUGCGAAGCUCACCAGGAGACUUUAACGAUGGAGAAGGAACGUUCCGAGAGGAUUAGGAAUAAUUUGGAGAUGCUCUCGAGAACGUAUUCCCUUUUGGAGGAACGGUAUAAAAUCAUGGCUGAGAAAUGGAAAAUGGAGAAGGAGGAACUUCACAGAACGAUCGGGGAUCUCAGACAGCAGUGUGACCAUUUACGACUCGUCGUUACUGACCAUAAUGGCGUCGACCAAGAAGUCUGUAGACUGAAGGAUGAGAUUGAUAUUCUGAAGACUAAAUUGAUGCUUCAAGAAGAGAAGCAUACAGGGGAAGUCGCCAUUUUGAAGCAACAACACUCUAAUGAGAUACACAAGUAUAAAGUGUUGUUACAGAAUGCAAAAUUGACUGCUGCAUCGAACGAAAACAAGAAAAGAGGUAGACAGAAGAAUCCGGGCAAGAAUAAGAAAAACACUAGUCUCUUCAGAUGGCCGGAGUUGGACGUCGAGAGAAUAAGUACUCCCACUGAAGUUCAAGGGGAAAUCAUCACCGGAGCCGAGGGGAGCAAAAAGAGGAAAUUGUAUCGUGAGGAAAUCGGCGUCGCGAUAAAUAUCGUUCAGUCGGAGGAGGAAAUGACACAAGCAUAGGCGCAUAAUUCAAUACGACACGUCGGUCAGUAGAAAAUGUAUAAUUAAUGAUAAUUUCACGUUUGUACACAAAUAACGUUUCGCUUU